GGUUUUCAAUAUAAACCGGAAGUUUUAACACAAACGAAGAUUCAGUUAACCCUUGCUAUCGAAUUCGCCGCGCCUCUUCGUCUCCUUCACAGAGAUACUCUUCGUCAAUUUGAAAACUUCCAGGUAAUCUCAUCUUUUUCUUCUUCUUCUUCUCCUUCUAUUUGUAUUAAGCGUAGCCUGAGAAAUCUCCUGGUCGGUUUUGAGACAGUGCCCUGUGCUCUAAUUUCGGUUGAUACCUUGACAUGUCCGUCUCUUCUUCGAGGGUGAUUUUUGUUUUUCAAAUUCAGAUUUAAGAUGUGACCCAGUUACUAAAACUUCUGGUUUUAAGGUUGCCAUCAUUUAUGUGGAAUAUCCUCAGCUCGAUUGAAUCUGGCAGUUUUUCGUUUUUCUCUUGUUAAUGGUUUUUGUUAAGAAGCGUUUUGGUGUUUUAGUGAAUAAGAACACUGCCAAUCAUCAUUUCACGAACAAUGGUAUUAGAAAGUGCAUAAUUUUCUGGAUGGCUGCUUCUUUGGUUGGAAUUGUUUGAUUCACAUUUAAUACAUAGUCUCUAUUGCUCAGUUUCCAAUCACUUAAGAGCUCCGUGUUGGGUUUUCUAGAGCUACCGUUUGAUGGAUUUAUUUUUGAACUGCAGCUGAUUUCCGACUAAAUUAAAGGAGUAAUGGAGAGUGUUUCAGUGGAAACACUUUCAGAAACUGGAAACUCAAAUGACGGUCAAACGAAUCCAGAAUUGAUUGAUAAGCAUAAGAAGAGAUCGGGGAAAAAGAAGAGAAAAUCGAGGAAACUGGAUAAUGAGGUGAAGGAUAAUGAUUCUCAUAUCAGUAGCCAAAUUGGGAACGCAGAUGAGGCCUUUUCAUCUCAAGAAAAAAAAGAAGGGGAAAAUGAGAAAUCCACUAGUGAAAGUCAAGUUCGGUUAUCCGAGAAUCUUUUGUCUUCAUUACCUGCAGAGUCCUGUCAACGAGAUUCAGUCUCAUGUGAAGAGCCUAGAGCUACACUACAUCAUACAGACCCAAUCUCAUGUGAAGAUUCUCUACCAGAUGAUAAUAGGAAGGGUUCUAGUACAAAAAAAUCAAAAAGGAGAGAGAAGAAGAAGAAGAAAGAGGACUUGUCCUGUGAAGAGAAAUUGUUGGAUGAAGUUGAAAAAAUCACCAGCGAAGACCAAGUGCAUCCACCCAACAAUCCUUUGUCAAACGGUAUGGUACAAGAAAGGUCAGGUGAACUAACUCAGGAUUCAUGUGAGAAGCCUGGAGCGGCACAAAUUUGUACAGACCCAAAUCUGUCAACCUGCAAAGAUUCACUGCCAGAUGCUACUAAUAUGACUAGUUCCUCGAAAAGAAAGAGAAACAAAAGGAGGGAUAGAAAUGUACUGAAAGAAAGUGGUGUUGAUAUUGGUAGCACCAAUGCAGAGGUUGCUGUAACUGACAAUACUACUACUGAAGCUGAAGGAUCAAGAUCGAUGAGUAUAGAGGAAAACUCCGUUGCUAGUGUUUUGAUAAAUGGUUGUCUGAAAUCCAAGGUUGAUACAGUGGAACAACUAGAUGGCACAGAUGUUCAAAUCAAUGAAACUGUCUUCCAAACUCAGAGUACUAAAGCCAAGAAAAGGAAGAAGAAAAAAACCAAAACAAUGGAGGCCUGUGAUCCAUUAGGAAAUACUCUGCCGACCUCCACGGAAAGCGGGCCAGUAGAGUGUGUGGAAAAUAAUGAUGGGAAUAAGGAAAAAGAUGGAAACACUGAAGUUAAAGAGGACGUUCGUGAAGUUAAAUACGAUACUAUUUCUGAAGCUGAAGGAUCAAAAUCGACGACUAAAGAGGAAAAAUCUGUUGCUAGUGUUGUGAUAAGUAGUUGUCUGAAAUCCAAGGAUGAUACAGUGGAACAAAAAGAGUGCACAGAUGUCAACAUCAGUGAAACUGUGGCCCAAACUCAGGAUCCUAAAGCCAAGAGAAGAAAGAAGAGAAAGACCGAAACAAUAGAGGUGUGUGACCCAUUAGGAAAUACUUUGUCUACCUCCAUGAAAAGCGGGCCAGUAGAGCGUGUGGAAAAUAAUGAUGGGAAUGGUGGCCGAGAGUUAAUUAGUUAUUCGGCAAGUCAGACGGAAAAUUAUGUAAAUGGGGAGGAAAACGGUAUUCAGAAUCUCGGAAAAACUAAAGAGAAGGAAACAGAUGAAAACACUGAAGUUAAAGAGGACGUUCUUGGAGCAGGUGUAUGUGAUGUAAGGAGCAAAAAACGGAAGGGAAAGAAGAAGAAAACUUCAUCUGCAGAUAUGGAGGUCUUUGAGCCAUCAGGAUCAGUAGAGUGUUUGUUGAAUCAGUCAAACGAAAAAGACAUGCAAAAUUUUGAUGGGAAUGCUGGACAAGAGUUCGGGGGAGAGGAUAUGACAAUUAAAAUUGAAAAAUCUGCAACGAGAGAGAAAAGUGGAGUUCAGAAAUCUGGAAAACGUAAAGAAAUGACAAAAGAUAAAAAUAUUGAAUCUAAUCAGGAUGCACUCGACGCAGAAGGUGUUAGUGAUGAUGGUCACAAAAGAGAGAAGAGGAAGAUAAAAAACAAAACAAACUGCGAAUCAGUUGCCACCAUGGAUAGUGAGUCAGUACAGUCUUUGUUGUAUCAAUCGAAUGGAGAAGGUGUGAAAAAUUAUGAAGGGAAUGCUGAUGGGGAGAUUGCCAGUAAGGAUUUGGCUAGUAACAUUGAAGAUUCUGCAACUAAGGGGGAAAGCGUUCAAGAUGAUAAAAAUACCAAAAAAAGGAAAAAGGAUAGAAAGGGAGAAGUUGAUCAGGAUGCCAAGGGAGCAGAAGGUGUUAGUACGGUUGAGGUGACAACAAAGAAAAGCAAGAAGAAGAAAAAUUUGUUAGAUCAUAAAACUGACAAUAUGGAGGAGGAUAGUAUAAAGAAAAAUGAAAAAAAGGAAGAAGUUGAUCAGAAUGAUUUGGGAGCAGAAGGUGUUAGCAAGGUUGAGGUCAAAACAAAGAAGAGCAAGAGGAAAAAAAAUUCUUUAGAUCAUAAAACUGAUGAUAUGGAGGGGAAGGAUGAUGUUUCAUUACCUAGGAAAGAUGAAGAACCAGAAUUUGACAGGGAAAAGCUUGAAACGUCAUUGUCAAGUUCUGUCUUAAUACAAAAUGAUAACGUAGCUCAAGGAGUUAUUUCAUCAGAAACUGGAGAUGUACCUAGAUGCACAUGUAAAGCUCAACGUACCAGAAAGUUGGUUAUAUUUGAUUUAAAUGGAAUCCUUGCAGAUAUUGUUCAGGGUUUUACAGGUACAUUUCUUCCAGAUGGUAAAGUAUCAUACAGAUCAGUCUUCAGGAGGCCUUUUCUUCCUAGUUUUCUCGACUUUUGCUUUGAGAGAUUUGAUGUUGCGAUAUGGUCUUCCAGACGUGUUGGGUUGGAUUAUAUGAUCAACAUUGUCAUGAAAAACCAUGCGAGGAAUCUGUUGUUCUGUUUUGAUCAGAAUAUAUGCACUACAACGAAGUUUAAAACUCAGGAGAAGAAGGAUAAACCUUUGUUCCUCAAGGACCUACGAAGAGUAUGGGACCAUAUUGGGACAUGCAUCAGUUGUGGAAAGCGAAAGUAUGAUGAGACAAACACUUUGCUAGUUGACGAUUCACCCGACAAGGCCUUGUGUAAUCCUCCACACACUGGAAUCUUCCCUAGCCCGUACCAGUACACAAACCGUCAAGAUUCUGCAUUGGGGCCUGAGGGUGAGCUAAGGAAGUAUCUAGAAAGAUUAGCGGAUGCGGAGAACGUUCAGAAGUUUGUAGCGGAGAAUCCAUUCGGUCAAACUGCCAUAACUGAGACACACGAGUCAUGGGAGUUUUACUCUAAGGCCGUCGAAGCACAUAAGUAAUUCCUCAACAGGAGUUUUUACUGUUAUGUAAAUGCUGUCGACUCUCUAGAGCUCACAACAAGCAAGUGUUGAUGCACACACAGAUGAAGUUCCUGUUGGAAGUGUAAUUCAGCUCACUUUACAUCUUAAUUGAUAUUGUAUCUCGUGUUUCGAAGAGACCAGCGUCGAUACAUUUUUAGAUUCAGAUUUGUAAUUUGUCGUUGAUUGUUUACUCGUUCAAAAAUACAUUAUCAAUUCAGAGUCUAAUCGUCACAUUUAAAAAGGAACCUAACUUCGAAUCUUCAAGACAAAUAAAAUAAAGCGAAAGCAGAAAUUAAAAUUAAAAUCAUACUAA